AAAUUAUAAUUAUAGAUAUACUAAUAUUUACAGAAUUUUUUUUUUUGCUUUCGUUGUUUUCGUAUAAACUUUAGUGGUUAGAGGUUUUCGUUUUUGGUUAAUUUAUUCUCGUUAAAGAACGCGCAUUUGAACCCCAUUGACACCUACAUGCACGCACUAAACGACGAGAAUUUAAACCCUUUUGGAUAUGAUUUCGCGCGCCACUGGGGGAUUUACAGGAGCAACGUCGAGCCCAAGUACAAGAUCGAUCUGUCGGAUCAAGGGCGGUAUAUAUUUCCCCUUAACUAUGAAUCCUAGACUUAGGGCCCGUUUGGCUGAACUUAUUUUAAACAGUUGAUAAGCUCUCACAUCUGAUAAGUUGUUUUAACUGCGGUUAACUUGUUAUGUCUUAUUUAACUCGAUCUUGUUUUUUAACAAUAUGAAAAAUCGGUAGUUAAUAUUUGGGUUUAUUGCAUUCAGUACCCCCUUUGUUUUGUUUAAUUACUAAAGAAACCCUCGUUUUAUUUUGAUAAUAGUUCGAUUACCGUAAAUGCAAGGAUUCGAUGCUUUAUAAGCAGAGAAGACAUCAACUCAUUUCAGAAAAAUAGUUUAUUUUCUAAACUCUACUUAAAUAUUUUCCCGAAAUACAAACAAAUAUAAUGUUUUGCUCGUGACAAAUUAUCACAACCAUCUACUUCCGCAAUCUCGGUGCUCCUUAGCGCGCCACAUACCACAACAUUAUAUAUGUUGACGUUAUUCGAUGUUCGACUAGUACAAUAAACUUUUGGGUAAGCCGUAAAUUGUCGAAAAAUCGAGCUCUGAUUUUAUUUUUUGUAUUGAGGAAUAGUGUAUUAGAUAGACCACUUCUAGUACCCAAAAAAAAAAAAAAAAAUUAACGACAAGUUUUUAGUGAUUAAAAAUGUUGCCUUUUCUUAAAAAAAAUUGCAUGGAUAAGAAAAUGAGUAUGUAUCUCUCAUUUUCUCCCCCAACAAAACCCCAAAUUAAGUCAACUAAUCAUAUAUUUCCGGUCAACAUAAAUCAAGAAUUAAACUUGAGCAUGCGUGAGAAUUAUAAAGAAAAUAUUAAAAAUUAAAAAUAAAAAAUAAAAAUAAAAAUUAAAUUAAAAAAAGGAAAGAAACUGUGAUCUCUCGUUUUAACUUCAUGGACAGAAAAUGAAUAGCCAUCUCUCAUUUGAUCUCCCCAAGAAAAUAGGAAACCUCCAUCAACAAAUUAUUAUGCAUGUAUAUAAUCCUCGUCGUUAGCAUAAACGAACUCGAUAAUAUAUCUUUUUCCCGCUCUUCUUCUCAGAAAACGAAAAAGAUCGUACAUAUACCCAUUCACAUAUAUGUACAUACAUGAACAUAUAUAUAUACAUACAUAUAUGUAUGUAUAUGCAUGUAUAUAUGUAUGCAUCUUCCUUCGUACAUAACUAAUCAAGCCCUAGAUCGAGAAAUUAUCUGAACUAGGGCGAGUCGAACGAAGAUGAUAUGCAAAAUAGCGUUUAUCAUGGCGGCGAUUUUGCUAGGGCUGAACAUCGGCGGCGGGGAAGGUGCGAUAGGUAUAAAUUGGGGAAGGAACAACGCGCAGAGAUUGAUUCCGUCGAUGGUGGUGGAUUUGCUGUUGCAAAACGGCGUUAAAGAGGCGAGAAUUUAUAAUGCGCAAGAGGAUAUCUUGAGGGCAUUUUUCGGAAGUGGGAUUGAUCUCACCGUCACCAUAUUUAAUUUUUCCUCUAUCGCAAGUAAAGACGACGCCAAGAGAUGGAUCAGCACGAAAAUUGGGUACCUUGAAAACUCCAGAAUAAGGCGCAUUUAUAUAGGAGUCGAUGCAUUUUCUAGAGGAAUUACGAACAAAACCGAUUUGCAAGCUGCGCUCACCGCAUACACGUCAAUGCAAGAAGCGAUCAACGAAGGAUCAUACGCCGAUGAAAUCAAGGUCACGAUGCCGCAUCCCGACUACGUACUCAACAUGGAAAAGGUAUCGAAACCGUCCGAAGCCGAUUUUCGACACGAGAUCAGGGAAGAAAUGCACGGUUUCCUCCGACAACUCGAGGCCAACAAAGCCCCGCUCAUAAUCGAAUUACUCCCGAUCUAUCAAGUCAUCAAUAAGAAACUGGGCAUCGACUUUGCGGGCCCCACGGACAGCCCUAGCCACGUCAUCGAGGACGUAAACGGGGCCGUCUACACAGACUAUUUCACCGUCUUGCACGAUUCGUUCGUGUGGGCGAUAAAAAAAGCCGGGGUGCCCGAUUUGGACAUAGUGGUGGGGGCGGUGGGGUGGCCCACCGACGGCUUGCCGGGGGCUAACACAUCUUCAGCUGAGCAUUUCUACAAACACCUUCUACCCUAUGUAACCAGCAACAAAGGGACGCCAAUGCGGCCGGGGAAACCGAUCGACACGUACAUACACGCGCUCACCGACGAGAAUAUGAAUGGAGACUACUUCCCCUUCGCGCGCCACUGGGGGAUCUACCGGACCAACGGCGAGCCGAAGUACAAGAUCGAUCUUUCCGGGCAGGGGCGGGAUAUAUUUCCGACGAAGGCGAACGGGAUUAUGCGGAUGCCGGAGCGGUGGUGCGUGUACACGAAUCGGGUGAAGGGAUUCAACAAGUCUGCGGUGGUGGAGCAAUUCAAGCUCGCCUGCCGGAAGGCUGACUGCACCAGCCUGGCGCCGGGGGGUUCUUGCAGCGGGCUGAGUUUUCAGAACAACGUGUCGUACGCGUUCAACAUGUACUUUCAGACCAAGUUCCAGGACGAGGGCGCGUGCUCAUUCGGCGGAUACGCCGUCGUGGUGGCGGAGGAUCCGUCGACGGAUGGUUGUGUGUUCCCGGUGGAGGUGGUCAAGGGUCAGCAGGAUAAUUACCGUCCUACCAAAAGUGGACAAGAUCGACUUCUUGCACCAAUUUUUGUGUUUUUGCUUUCCGUCCUUUGGGUUUUGUUAAAUUGCUAGGAAGUGAAAACCACCCACCGAAAUUCAUUUUUGCACCAUGUACUAUGAGAAAUGUGUCGUUUACCCCCUUGAUGUAUAGAGAAUAUCAAAUUUGG